CGGGCGGAUCAUCCAGUCAUUCUGGAGGAGGACGCUCAGGCGGAGACACACUCAGCCCAGAGGAAGCAGCACGUUCAUCAUAGCAGAACUAUUUUAUUUGAAGCUGCUGAUUACGAAUCACAAGUUCAUCAGCUCAGUUUUGGCAUUAGAAGCCUUCUGUAAUUUCAAUCAGUGAGAUUAGGAUAAAAAAAAAGGUGAAAGUUGUAUAGUAUAAAUCAGUAGUUUAAACAUGUGCUAAUCCACACUAGUGACUUAAACAGGGAUGUAAAGAACACAGACAGCUGGUGGAGUUUGAAAGGAGAACCCCAGCUGAGAGGAUGCAAGCAGCUUCCUGUACAGUUUGGAUUUUCCUCCUGUUGGCUGAGGAGGGAUUUUCUCUUGCACAGAAAGUUAAGGAUGCAGGUGCAAAAGGAGUUAGGCCAUCGAAGGAACCUCAGAACACUCGUCACUGUGGGACCUUGGUUCGAAGAACAGACGGCGGCAGCUUCAGCUCCCCAAACUAUCCAAACAUGUACCCACCAAACAAGGAGUGCCUGUAUGUGCUGGAAGCCCUACCGCGGCAGAGGAUAGAGCUGCUGUUCAAUGACGUCUUCCACAUCGAAUCGUCGUUUGAGUGCCGUUUCGACCACAUCGAGGUGCGGGACGGUCCCUUCAGCUUCUCGCCGCUCAUCAGCCGUUACUGCGGCUCGUCCAAUCCUGGCCUCGUCCUCUCCAGCGGGCGCUUUAUGUGGAUCAGCUUCUACAGUGACGAUGAGCUGGAGGGAAGGGGUUUCCAGGUCCAGUACAAGUUUACUGCAGAUCCAGAGUUUCAUCUACACGUGGGAGGUCUUUUAAACCCCAUCCCAGAUUGUCAGUUUGAGCUUGCAGGGCUCGACGGCCUGAUUCGCUCCAGUCAGGUGGAAGAAGAAAACAAAGUGAAGCCGGAACAAGCGGUUGACUGCAUCUGGACUAUACGAGCCCCCCCGAAGACCAGGAUUUACAUAAAAUUCUUGGAGUACCAGAUGGAACACUCGAAUGAAUGUAAGAAGAACUUUGUGGCUGUUUAUGAUGGAAGUAGUGCCAUCGAAGACCUGAAGGCCAAGUUCUGCAGCACGGUGGCUAAUGACAUCAUGCUGGACAACAGUUUUGGAGUUGUGAGGAUGUGGGCUGAUGAGACGAGCCGUCUGAGCCGCUUCCGGAUGCUGUUCACUGUUUUCUCUGACCCUCCCUGUACGAGCGGUGCUUUCUUUUGCCACAGUAACAUGUGCAUCAACAACUCUCUGGUGUGCAACGGCGUACAAAACUGUGUCUUCCCCUGGGAUGAGAGCAACUGCAAAGAGAAAAAGGCCAGAGGUAUUUUUCUGCACGUCACAAAGACUCAGGGAACAAUAAUCUGCGUUUCCACGGGGGUUGUGCUUCUGCUCCUCAUUUUGUCCAUUAUGGUGCAGGUCAAACAACCACGUAAAAAGGUGAUGGUACGCAAGAACAAGCUGUUUCAGCGUCCUGACCUGCAGAAGGUGUUUGACCCCCCACACUAUGAGCUGUUCACGCUCAGAGACAAGGAGAUGUCUGGGGACCUGAGGGAGUUAUCAGAAGAGCUCCAGUCCCUGCAGGCGCUCAGAAGAUCCUCAUCAGGAUCCCGAUGUGUUCAUGAACACCAUUGUGGCUCUCAGAGCUCCAGCAACUCCCUCAAAACCAGUUACGGUGCGUAUGUGUGGGGGAAGGGCUCCAUGGAGAUUCCUCCAUUUAGGCGGGACAGCCAGACCACCUUGCCUCCCCUCAGAGACUUCAACAGCAGUUUGCGGAAGAAAAGCUGGCCCAGUAUAAAACAAAAUCGAAUGCAUAGCCAUUCCGGCGUGGGGGACAGAAUCGUGUGGCAGCAGGACAGAGUUAUGGAGGAGGAUGAAGACGAGGAGGAAGAGGGAAGGUAUGAGCUGUAUGUACGGAGAGCUGGAAGUCAAAGGGGCAAAUCUGAAAUGGCUCAACACAGAUCUUUGUCGAUGGACUUUUGAAGUUGAAUAGUAAGGUUGGUACAGUAAAUACUGCAGAUUUUUUGGGGGACAGAACUCGGAAGACGAGGGCAGAUUUGCAGUGAUUUGCCUUUUUUUUCCACUUACCUCUUCUUCAGUGAGUCUGAAGAUCACAUGAUUUUGUUCAAGAAACUCAAGAUGCUGACGCACUGCCAAAUCUGCUCAGACUCCGAAACGGCUGCCAUGGAGCCGUUGUCACGUCUGUGAUAAAAGUGUAAAAGUGAAGAUGUACUGUAUGAUGACGCUUUGUACUGUUCUUGUUCUUUGUCAAAUAAAUGUUAUUGUGAGGCAAAAAUAC